GAGAUCUUUCAAUGACCUUAUGUGAUCCCUAUGCUAUAAACUUCCUUGCUACUUCUGCAUUAAAGAUAAUAACAUAUCUUAUUGGCCAAGAAGGAUAUGCUAGAGAAAAUGCUGUUCUUGUUUUAUUGCUGCGUAUGUUAGCAUUAGGACUGCAAGCCUGGGAUAUGAUUAGUACUCAAGUGUUCAAAGAACCAAAACUGGAUGCCCAGCUUGUGACAAAGUUUCUACCUUCUCUUAUGUCCUUAAUGGUUGAUGAUCAGAUCCGUGCUAUCAAUGCGAAACUUCCCCAAGAUGAUCGUGAAUCAGCAAUUACAACAAUAGAGCAUUUUGGUCCUCCUCCUGAUGCAUACCAAGCAUACAUCCAAGAAAAUGGUGUGGCGUCUGUUUUAGCAAUGUAUUAUACAUUACAAAAUGCACGUCAAAAAGAUCGUCAUGGUUUAAUGAGAGUACUGGGUACUUUAGCUCUUUGUGAAAAUGAUCGCGCAUUUGAAGAUCCAUUCCUAAAUAGCCUCAUUUCUUGCCUUGUGACAAAUUUGAUUGAUGAGUUUUCAGCAGAAGACUUUUGUACUGUGGUGUUUGAUGAAUUUUUCCUGACAGGAUUAGCUAGAGAGAGUGUAGUCAAACACAUUUUAAAACUUCUGUAUUAUGUCUAUACUAAAUUACCUCCAAGUAGAUUGGAUGGUGUUAUGAAAGCUUUACAACCAUGUGCACAGCAUUAUGAAGGCAUCCAACCAUUAUUUCAAGAAAUACAAAAAUUGCUGAAAAAUCAUCAGCCUAUUUGCAUUCCUAAACAGAUGGAAGUUGACUCACCCCUGUUAAGUGUUCCUACACCUGCUCCUGUUUGAACUAUGAAAUAUGAUUGAAGAACUAGACUGCUCGAAACUCAUUGGAAAGGUUCCUUGCAACAAUGUAGCAUUACAAGAGAUGGAUAGAAUGAGAAAUUAUAGACUAUCAUCAGCUUCAUAAAUC